AUGGCCGUCAAGGAGUGCUACAUCGACGAGGCGCCCCAGCAAAACCCAUGGGUUCAGACUCCGCUGAGAGAGUCGUACGCGCUGUCUGAAGCAGCGGGAUGCAGAAUCUUUCUCAAGCUGGAAAAUCUCCAACCUUCUGGAUCAUUCAAGUCACGAGGAAUCGGCAACUACAUCCUCCGUCGUCUCGCAGAACUCCCAGAAGGCUCGCGCCCUCACAUAUUCGCAUCCAGCGGUGGCAAUGCAGGUCUCGCUGCCGUCCACUCUGCUCGCGCUCUCAAUUUACCGUGCACUGUCGUUGUACCCACCGCCACAGCACCUUUGAUGGUUGCCAAACUACGAGCAGCGGGCGCGUACGAGGUUAUCCAAUACGGUGCAGCUUGGAAAGAUGCAGACACAUAUCUCAAGGAGCAUGUAAUGCCCUACGCACAAACUUCGACCAUCUACUGCCCACCCUUUGAUCACCCAGACAUCUGGCAAGGCAACAGCACCUGCAUGGACGAGAUCGCGGCUCAACUCCCAGGCGAGCCAGAUGUACUGAUCUGCUCUGUCGGCGGCGGCGGCCUAAUCAACGGUAUCUGCCAGUCUAUGGAUAAACACCAAAUGAGUAAGACAACCAUCCUCGCCAUGGAGACUGCUGGCGCCGAGAGUCUCAACGCAGCGCUGCAAGCCAAGGAACUCAUAACGCUACCCAAGAUCACAUCACAAGCAACAAGUCUAGGCUGCGCCCGCGUAACAGACGCAACCUUCAAAUACGCUCAGCGAGGCAACGUUCGAAGCAUCGUUCUACCCGACGCAGAAGCAGCAAUGGGCUGCUGGCGCCUCGCAGACGACGAGCGCAUCAUGGUAGAGCUCGCCUGCGGUAUUAACGUCGCUCUCUGCUAUGACGGACGACUCGAGAAGGCCCUCGGCCGCCCAGUUCGCCCAGAAGACAAGGUCGUCAUUGUGCUUUGUGGCGGUAGCAACGUCACGAGCAAGAUGUUGUGUGAUUGGAGGAACGAGUACGCGUACAUUGAAGAAGAGACUGAGGCUAGGAGGCGCAAGAGCGAUUCUGCGCUUGGUAGCGAGACACAGAGUGAGACGGGCAGUGUGAAGGAUGUCGAUAUGGGAAUGGGCAAUGUCCCAAGUGAGUACAGUAAGCCUCUGGUGAUUGAGGGUAUUGAGGUUGGCUGCGUAGAGUGCUCAUAG